AUGGCACCAAAAAGAAAGUCGGCCCCCGCUUCCUCGGCAUCGGCUCCAUCGAAGAAGCCCAAAAAGAUAACCGGUCCUCCUCCUCGUUCCAGACCUUUCAAGCGCCGCCGCCAGUUAUCCAAGAAUCGCCCCAUGUCUUGGUACCGGGGCGACGCCAGGAAAUUUCAUCUCGAGGCGCAUUUUGCUCCUUUUGAAUGCCACGUCUUCAAGCAGCUUCCUAAGCUAGCAAAAAAUUUGCCGUAUUCUCCGUCGCCUAUGACUGAUAGCCUGCCGACUGAUAACCGUCCCUACCGAAAACCCCUAAACGGUUUCGACGCAACCAAGAAGCAUUUCGAGGCCGCCUACGCUAAGUGGGAGCGGGCCGUGCAAAUCAUGGUGCACGAGGGAAGCCGGAUGGCAGUUUUGGGAGGAAUGCUGGUCGAGGAGGCACAAGCUUGUCACAAAUGGGUGGGCCAGGUCGGAACGAAGACAGCGGUGGGUUAUGACGGAAGGAUGAAAAAUUACGAUGCGUUCAAGGACGCUUUGCAGAAGGUCAAGAAUCUGGUCAUGAAGGCCCCGAAAACAGUUGAAGAGGUGGACGAGCCUACGAAGAAAUGGACGGUGAAGUUUAUAUGCCAGAGAAGGGCUUGGGAUGAAGAAGAGGAAGAUGCGGACAACGCUGAAGAGGAGGUGUUUGAUGAGAGCGGGGGUGAUGCCGUAGAGCAAGCGCCAUCUGAUCAUUUAUGGCGAGUGCAAGCUUGGCCCUCUGGCGCUUGCAAGCUUGGCAACUGGGGGUGCGGCUGGGGACCCGGCACACCCGGGAUGGCAACAAACAAAUCUCGACCUGAACAAGUGUAUCUGGUACGAUCCGUCCCAAAGAUCACUGCAAUGGAUUGCGCCGCUUGUGGAUACGCCCCCGAACCUGAGGAAUUCUACGGGGAGGUCAGUUUGCCCCUUGCCUUCUACUUCCCUCUUUCCAAGAACAUGAGAGCUCAGCUGAAGACACAAGAUGACCUCUACUAA